AUGUGUCUCUUGUCAGCUGGAGUUUUCAUUGCCACUUUAUCAGUGGUGAAUGCACAAAAUGAGUGGAUUUAUGCUCACAUAUUCCUCAACUGUUGUUCGUGGGUCAUCUAUUGUUCAGUACUUGUAGUUGUUGGCGUGAUCACUACUAUCAUCGCCUAUUGUGUCUGCAAGAACAGAGGGAAGAGAAAAGUGGCAUCCAAAGAACAGCCUCCCCAUUGGACAUACACGGUUCAAACUGACUCUAUGGGACCUGCUGUUGGAUUCGACUACUCCCUGUGUUCGGACGGCAUUACCAUCCAGCCAGACGGGACUUCCAUUGUAAGAACAUACAACCAGCCCAUCAAGCGUACACACGGCGUCUUGGUAGGGAAACCUUUGACCGAGGGCAAACACGUCUUCGAAUUUAUUUGGCCGACCAAUCAACGAGGCUAUAAUGCCUGUUUGGGUGUUGCGACCAAAGAUGCGCCCUUGGACAGCCAAGGACUGGUCAGCUUGGUUGGUCACACUGAUCUGUCCUGGGGUUGGGACAUGGUCAGAAGACGGACCAUCCGCGAGGGGAAGGUACAGUCUACUUACCCCUCCGCCGCUCUGAACACGGCCAUCCCAGACAAGGUGCUGAUGUACGUGAAUACGGACACGUGCACCGUGGCCUUUGGUACGGAUGGUGGCGUGUACUGGGGCCUGGCUUUCACCUAUCAAAAGACGGGACACACCCUCUACCCUAUGGUUAGUGUGAACCACCCCAUGGGAUUAGUGAGAAUGCGCUACCUUGGGAAAGCGUCUUUGGGUCCUUAUCCCGGCCCUGCUGGCUUAAAUACAGGUCAACAGAUGCCUCUCGCCUCUGGUGGAUACCAAGGCCAGACCUACCCCGGCACCUACCCUGCAACCCUGAAGCCAGAGCACCUUCCUAUUGCUGCAGUUUCUCAGACAGCAGGGGGCGCGCAGUGCGAUCUCCCACCGUACAAUCAUACUGUUCCAAGCGAACAAAUCCUGUACGGAGCCGAGGCGCCUCCAAGUUAUGAAGCCGUGCAAGAACAAGACGAUAUAGACAGACAGAACAACGGUGGAGAGACAAGAGAUGCAGAUGGACGCUCAAGUGAUCUUUACAAUGGCAUGUCCACUACUACACCUGGUUAUUCUCAGGCUGGGCCUCAGACCACAUCUACAGCAAGUGCGCCACCUACAGGCCAUGGCCAAUAG